UAGGUGCGCGACUUUCUCACGCGCGUUCUCGUCCACCCCCUUUCACUCCACCCCUCCGCCAUAUCGUCUGCAGCACUUGUUGAUUACGUGUGCAUGUGUAGAGGGGGAGGGGCAUUCCGUUAGUUGAGUCCGCACACAACCUGACUGACUCUCGCUGCUUGCUUCAUUCUCAGAUGUGUGGGAUCGUCUGCUGCCAAACGAUAUUUUUUAUUAUAUUGUUGUAAUUUCACUUCUGUCCUUCCCCCUUUUUGCCCCCUUCUGUGAUAUUCGGCAAGGAUACUCGCGGAGUUGAGGAACAGUUUGAGUUUUGAUUCUGAGGAGAGUGGUUUGGUCUUAUGAUUUUCCCCAAGGAUUACCAUUGACCGGGGUGCUCGUGUGUUUGGUUCAGAAAGAUAUUUGUGUGUUAGUGGUCAGUGCCUUUGACAACAUUUCAACCUGGAAUACCACUCUUGUACAACCACCAUGCCUGCUGAAAGGCCAAUUUCGAAAGCUAGUGAGAAUAGACGGGCAACGAAGCCCAUUAUGGAAAAGAGGCGGAGAGCCCGCAUUAAUCAAUGUCUAUCGGAGUUAAAAACACUCAUUUUGGAUGCACUAAACAAAGAUCCUUCCCGCCAUUCGAAAUUGGAAAAAGCAGACAUUUUAGAGAUGACAGUUCGGCAUUUGCAAAACAUACAAAGACAACAAAUGGCUGCUGCUAUCUCAACGGAUUCAUCUGUCCUAAAUAAGUUCAAAGCUGGUUUCAACGAGUGCGCCACGGAAGUUACCCGCUACAUAAGUCGCAUUGAAGGUGUCGAUCCAGCCAUGCGCCAACGUCUUCUCACUCACCUGUCAAACUGUCUGUCAUCUAUGAACUCUGCUUCACACUUCCAGCAACAACCACAAGCCACUAAUCUCAGUUUUGGAAAUAACUUUCCAAGCAUGCUUCAAUCCCUUAGUGUCCAAAUACCUGCUGGCAUAUCAACAGUUGGUAUUGUGCCUGCAGCUCGACCCACCACAGGUGAUAUCAAUAACAACACUUCUCCACCAACACCUACCAGUGGCAAGAUCUUUACUGGACUCUCAGUUAUUCCAAGUCGUUUGCCAAAUGGUGAAUUCGCUUUUCUCCUGCCCAGUCAGUCCAUUCCAGGAUCUGGGAUGUCUUUAAACUUACCAUCGGUCAGUGCCUCGUCCAGUCUUCCAUCAUCGUCCGAUCCUGAUAGAAAUAGCCAAUCCUCUUGGCCACCAACUUCACCAUCUUCGAAAAGAUCGGCAAGUCCUGAUGCCAUGUCCGAAGACAACGUUGUCCUUAGUCCCACUUGUAGUGAUGCUGGUUCUGAUGUAUUCAUUGAACCUUAUCAUCAUUCUAAGCAUCAUCAACAGGUGAAAGAAAUGGUAUUGUCGCCAGUGCCUCAGCGUGCCUCCAUCAUCAAGGACAGGCACUCUAUAAACAUGCAUAGUCAACGCCAUAUGCCUGAAACUGAGAACGUGUGGCGCCCGUGGUGAAUAAUCCACCCCCAGAACUUAACUCACUGUCUUCCACUCAUCAGGCAGGUUUAAGAAUGAAGUGAUAUUUUAUGGUCUCAUCUUAAAAAGAUCUCCUUUUGUUUGUUUUGUAUAUUAUAUUUUGUACAGGUCUUGUAAAAUGUACAUUUCAUUUCUGGUUAAUUGUGUAACUGACUAAAACUUAAUCUCAAGUAGAAUCGGGUUUAAUUUUGCUAAAUAGAUAAAAUAUAAAAUAGGGUUUUUCCUGAUUUGAUAGCAUUAUAUAGUCGCCGAAAUUUGAUAACGAGAAAAGUUUAAAGCUAAAACUAAAGUCUUUUAAGAUAUCAUUAAUAAAUCAAUGAAUCAUUUCAAUUUUCGAUUUCAUAAAUUUAUGAAUCAUUCCAGUUUUUGAUUUAAUAAAUAUAUGAAUCAUUUCGGAUUUUGUUGAAAAAACGCACAAUAUACGUCAAUAUUUAAUUGUUAAAGAAAACUUAGUUAAACUGUUUAUUGAGCAAAUCAGAGAUGUACAAAUUUUGGCUUAUAAGUGCGACUCAGAUUCACUUGUUAAUUCACUUGCAAUGUUUGAUAUUUUGAUUGUUGUACAUACAGUUCAAUACUAUGAUGAGCAUAAAAUCUCAACCACAAUUCAUAACGCCUUUGCGUUUCAAGGUCUCAUACCAAGGUUCUUUCUGGAAGAAAUAUAUUGUUAUAAUCUCAGUUAUAUAUCGAACUAAAUAUAUAUUUUAUUGUUGAAUGUUAAAUAUUAUGAUCGAAGACAAUUUAAGUCGAUAGAUGAUUGAAAGUUAUUAGUAACCAUGUCACAGAUCAUUGAAGAAAAAUGAGUUCUUAAGUAUCUAGAGGUAAAAGAAGAAUUCCAUGAAAUCAAAUAAAAUUUUUAGAAACUAAGUUAUUGCUUUUAAUAUGCUACACUAUCAAAAUUAUUUUUAAUUUGCUAUAUUAUCAAAAUUGCUUUUAAUAUGCUAGAAUCAAAUUCAGAACUAUUUAACUAUGCGUAAAGAUAUUCAGCGAAUAUAUCACAGCUCUAUCAAACUGAGUUGUCUUUGAUUAUAAAUGGGGCGUAUGGAUACGUGGCACAAUAUUUGCCAAUAUCUCUCGUCUGAUAUUUCUUUCAUAUAUUUAACGGGCUUUUAUUAAGUGCUAACUAUGAUCUCAAAAUGGAUGCCUAUGCUGUGAUGUGUAAAUAAAUUGAUCUUUUUUAA